AUGCCUCCUGGUGUAAAAGAGGAUGAUAUUGGCUGGAAACAUGGUAAAAAAGUUGAAGGAACUACAAACUGGGUGUUGUGCAAUUAUUGUCCAAAUGUUGCCAAAGGUGGGAUUACAAGACAUAAACAUCACCUUGCUGGUGAUUCCACUUCAGUUUGCAAAUGUAUUAGAGCUCCACUAGAUGUUAGGAAACUUUUUAAAGACAUUUUUGAGAAACAGAAACAAGAUAAAGUUGAUAGGAAUCGUGUUCCUCACUUUGAUGAUGAUGUGGUGGAUAUAAAUGAUGAAGAUGAAGAAGAAGUUGGUGAGGUUCCUUUCUCGUUAGGCAAGAGGGUUAAUUUGUCUUCCAAGUCAACCCUACACAACAAGAAAGUAAAAGGUGCUUUGGAUACUCAUUUCAGGCCAUCCAAUGAAACAGGGAAGAAGAAGGGGUACUUGGUGGGAACCCCCGAACAUAACCAACUUCACAAAAAACUAAGAGGUGAUGCGGUUCAGAAAUUCGCCCGUUGGAUGUAUGAUGCAGGUCUUGCAUUCAACGCGGUGAAGUAUGAUAGUUUAGGGCCCGCACUUGAAGCCAUUGCUAUACAUGGUCCCGGUAUGAAACCCCCUAGCUACCAUGAGGUACGUGUUCCUCUAUUAAAGCUAGAGAAGGAGCACACAAAGAAACUUUUGAUACUAAAUGAGACCGAGAAGAAUGCAAUCGGGUGUUCUUUGAUGGCUGAUGGUUGGAGGGACCGGAAAGGAAGAGCACUUAUCAACUUCUUAGUGAAUACUCCACGAGGAAGUAUGUUUCUAGAAUCUGUAGAUGCAUCUUCUUAUUCUCAUACAGGAGAGAAUUUGUUUAAGUUGUUUGACUACUUCAUCAAGGAAACUGGACCCGAUCAUGUGGUUCAAAUUGUAACAGAUAGUGUUGCCAACAAUGUUUUGGCGGGGAAAAUGGUUGAAGCAAAAUAUCCACACAUCUAUUGGACUCCGUGUGCUGCGCAUUGCAUUGACCUAAUGCUUGAAGACAUCUUCAAAGUGACUCAUCUUAAGAAGACACUAGAUAAAGCAAUUGCGGUUAACACUUAUAUUUACAACCGUACAUUGCUAUUGAAUAUGUUAAGAGACUUUACCGGUCAAAGAGAUAUGAUUAGGCCCGCAAAGACCCGGUUUGCAACCGCCCUCUUAACUCUGAAUUGCUUUAGGAGUCAUAAGACAAGUUUGAAGAAGUUGUUCACGUCUGAAGCUUGGAACAAAAGCAGGUUCAAAGGGGAGGAGGGAGGUACUCAAUGUGUCACUACUAUUUUUUCACCUAGUUUUUGGAUUAACAUUGACAUUGCUGUCAAAGUUGGUGAACCAUUACUAGCGGUGCUUCGAUUGGUAGAUAGUGAAAGAAAGCCGGCUAUGGGGUACAUUUAUGAAGCAAUGGAUAGGGCAAAGGAGCAGAUUGCAUACUCAUUCAACAACAAAUUUAACAAAUACAAAGCUUUCUUCAAAAUCAUUGAUGAUAGGUGGAAUUAUCAACUCCACCAAGAUUUGCAUGCGGCUGGUCACUAUCUAAAUCCAAGUAUUUUUUACAACAACCCAGGAGUGAAAGAAGAUAGUGAGGUGAUUAAGGGCUUGAUGGCAUGCAUACAUAAGAUGUCAUCAGAAGAAGACGAGACCAAGAUUCACCAAGAGCUCUCUAUAUAUACCGGUGCAGAAGAGUUAUUUGCGCAGCAUAUGGCUAUUAAAUUAAGAACAACACUUGCACCAGCGAAAUGGUGGAUGCAAUAUGGAUCAUCAGCACCAACACUUAAGAAGUUUGUUGUGAAGGUGUUGAGUCUUACUUGUAGUUCAUCAGGGUGUGAGCGUAAUUGGAGUGUUUUUGAACAUAUCCAUUCGAAAAAAAGAAACCGUCUUGAAAGACAAAAACUAAAUGAUUUAGUUUACAUCAAAUAUAAUCGAGCAUUAAGGAGGAGGUAUGAUAUGCGGGAUAUGAUCGACCCGAUCAUCUUGGAAGACUCACACAUACAUGACCCGUUCGAGUGGUUGGCGAGUGAUGAUGAUGGUCUCGUGUUUGAGGGUGAUGACUUGAGAUGGGAUGUUGUGGCAGAGGCUAUGGGGGUGGAUGAGCCGGUUCAUCUAACUAGAAGAACAACACCAGGUGGGAGGCAAGGGGGGAUGCAAGGGGCUGUUGGGGUUGCUGAGUCGAGCUCACAAGGUAGAGCUAGAGCUAGACAACCCCAUUUGAUAGAUGAACCUGAAGAGGAAAAUGACGUUGGGGUUUAUAAGGAGUUUGUUGAAAUAGUGGGGGAAGAUGAACUCGUAUUUGAGGAGAAUGAGGAUAACGAUUAG